UCUAAAAUCAAGAAGACGAAUGAAGGAAUGUAAUAAAAUCACCUACCACUCUUUUUCCCACAACUCAACCAAUGUCGGCACCCAUGAUCUCCAUCUCCUCCUCCGAUGUCAUCGAUUUUGUAGUGCACAAAGGGAACGGAGUAACGGGUCUGGCAGAGAUCGGCCUCCAAAUCGUUCCCGAUCAGUACAUCCAACCUCUGGAAGAAAGACUCGACCCAAGCAAAGUCGAGACCGACGAAUCCAUACCCAUAAUCGAUGUCUCAAAUUGGGAUGAUCCCGAGGUGGCAGAAUCAAUCUGCGAUGCUGCUAGCAAGUGGGGCUUCUUCCAGAUAAUCAAUCACGGGGUGCCCUUGGAGGUUCUUGAGGCCUUGAAGAAUGCUGCUCGUACGUUCUUUGAGCUGCCAGUUGAGGAGAGGAAAAAGUAUCUGAAAGAAAAUUCGCCAUCGAAAGUCGUGUGCUUGUCUACGAGCUUUAAUCCUCAAGCCGAGAAGGUCCUAGAGUGGAAAGAUUACCUUACACUCCUGUGGGUGUCUGAGAAUGAGGCUUCUGCAUUUUGGCCUCCUGCAUGCAAGGAUCAAGCAAUAGAAUACAUGAAGAAGGCUGAACUUGUGAUCAGAAGGCUGUUAGAGGUACUAUUGAAGAGACUUAACGUGAAAGAAAUUGACAAAGCAAAAGAAUACAUGUUAAUGGGUGAACUGAGGCUUAGCCUUAAUUAUUACCCGAGAUGUCCAAACCCCGACCUCACGGCUGGAGUAGGUUGUCACUCUGACAUAUCGGCAAUAACCGUCCUCCUUCAAGACGAGACUGGUGGGCUUUAUGUGCGAGGAACUAAAGAGGAUAGUUGGAUCCAUGUUCCCCCGGUUGAGGGAGCUCUUGUCAUCAACAUUGGGGAUGUGCUGCAGAUACUGAGCAAUGACAAGUAUAAGAGCAUUGAGCACCGGGCAUUUGCAAAUAGAAACAAGAAUAGAGUUUCCAUCCCAAUUUUUGUGAACCCAGGAUCUGAUGCCAUUGUUGGACCUUUGCAGGAAGUUUUAGAAAGCGGACAGAAACCAAUAUACAAGCAAGUUGUCUUCUUAGAUUACUUCAAACAUUUCUUCAGUAAAGGUCACGAUGGAAAGAAAACCAUGGAAUUUGCCAAAAUAUGACAUGUACAAUUUCUAUUGCACUAAAUUGAAUACAUGCAGGCAGUAUUGUCUUCUUAGAUUGAUUAAA